AGGCCGUAGGUGGUGGUUGGGCUCGGGGAGGACCCUGCUGAAAGGAGUGUGAGCGUGGUCUGGGCUGUGUCAGCCCACAGGAGCCUCGGCACCAUGAAUGACGUGGCCAUCGUGAAGGAGGGCUGGCUGCACAAACGAGGGGAGUACAUCAAAACCUGGCGGCCCCGGUACUUCCUCCUCAAGAGCGACGGCACCUUCACCGGCUACAAGGAGCGGCCGCAGGACGUGGAGCAGCGCGAGUCGCCCCUCAACAACUUCUCCGUGGCACAAUGCCAGCUGAUGAAGACAGAGCGGCCACGGCCCAACACCUUCAUCAUCCGCUGCCUGCAGUGGACCACGGUCAUCGAGCGCACCUUCCACGUGGAGACGCCCGAGGAGCGGGAGGAGUGGACGACUGCCAUCCAGACAGUGGCCGACGGGCUCAAGAGGCAGGAGGAGGAGAUGAUGGACUUCCGGUCGGGCUCGCCCAGCGAGAACUCGGGAGCCGAGGACAUGGAGGUGUCUCUGGCCAAGCCCAAGCACCGCGUGACCAUGAAUGAGUUUGAGUACCUGAAGCUGCUAGGCAAGGGCACCUUUGGGAAGGUGAUCCUGGUGAAGGAGAAGGCCACCGGCCGCUACUACGCCAUGAAGAUCUUGAAGAAGGAGGUCAUUGUGGCCAAGGACGAGGUGGCCCACACACUCACAGAGAACCGUGUCCUCCAGAACUCCCGGCACCCCUUCCUGACGGCCCUGAAGUACUCCUUCCAGACCCAUGAUCGCCUGUGCUUCGUCAUGGAGUAUGCCAAUGGCGGUGAGCUCUUCUUCCACCUGUCCCGGGAGCGGGUGUUCCCCGAGGACCGGGCGCGCUUCUACGGCGCCGAGAUCGUGUCGGCGCUGGACUACCUGCACUCGGAGAAGAACGUGGUGUACCGGGACCUCAAGCUGGAGAACCUCAUGCUGGACAAGGACGGGCACAUCAAGAUCACCGACUUUGGGCUGUGCAAGGAGGGCAUCAAGGACGGCGCCACCAUGAAGACCUUCUGCGGGACGCCCGAGUACCUGGCCCCCGAGGUGCUGGAGGACAACGACUACGGCCGGGCGGUGGACUGGUGGGGGCUGGGCGUGGUCAUGUACGAGAUGAUGUGCGGCCGCCUGCCCUUCUACAACCAGGACCACGAGAAGCUGUUCGAGCUCAUCCUCAUGGAGGAGAUCCGAUUCCCGCGCACGCUCGGCCCUGAGGCCAAGUCCCUGCUCUCGGGGCUGCUCAAGAAGGACCCCAGGCAGCGGCUCGGCGGGGGCUCCGAGGACGCCAAGGAAAUCAUGCAGCACCGCUUCUUUGCCAGCAUUGUGUGGCAGGACGUGUACGAGAAGAAGCUCAGUCCGCCCUUCAAGCCGCAGGUCACAUCAGAGACGGACACUAGGUAUUUUGAUGAGGAGUUCACAGCCCAGAUGAUCACCAUCACGCCGCCUGACCAAGAUGACAGCAUGGAGGGCGUGGACAGUGAGCGGAGGCCUCACUUCCCCCAGUUCUCCUACUCAGCCAGCGGCACAGCCUGAGGGGACCAGCCAGGUGCGCUCAGGACACUGCCAUGGGCAGCCAUGUGCUCCGGAAGACGGCUUCCGAGGAUCGGGAGGAAGCCUCGCGGGGGUGAUCUGUAUUUAAUG